AUGAGCCCAAAUACAAAAUCUAGUUUCCUGGGCCAGAAAAAGGAAAAUACUUUGUUUAAAAAAAUUAAUUUUUUCAGAAUAGAAAAUAAAAACCCAACAACAAUUUCUCCCGUCUUAGAAAAAAUUGACGAAAUUUUUGCAAAUUUAAUAGAAAAUUCCAAACAAUCAAGUGAAUUUUCAACAAAAAAUAUAAAAUUACCAGAAUAUGAUAAAAAGGAUAUGGAAUUUUUGUUGGGGAAAGAGGAGGAGGAAAUGAAGGGAGGAGAAGAAAAUCCGUUAAAAUGGUUGUGUAAAUCAAAUGAGGAAUUUGAAAAGAAAAUUAAUGAAUUAAUUGGGGCGGCAGAAUUGUUGUUAAAUGAGUGGAGGGAAAUUAGAAAUUUUUACAAAAAUGAUUAG